AUGCAGAUUCGAAGAGAUGGUAUGGAUGAUGUGUUACAGGCAGAGUUGGGAAUAGAACCUAUUAUGUUGCGUGAUACUGAUCAGUCGACUAUAGAUAGUGAUCGGUCACCUGUUAUUCCCAGAACUAUUUCUACUGACGAUGGAUCAGAUGUGCCCAGUGAGUUGCCUGUUAGUAUGUCUGACGAAUUACCUUCUAAUGAUCGGUUGCCUGCUGAUAUGUCUAACGAGUUGCCUGAUGAUGGAUAUAGAGUCUUCAACUUGAGAACUCAAAAGGUUGAACUAUCAAGAAGUGUAAUCUUUGAUGAGAAAGCAAUGUGGGACUGGGAAUCUAAUGAGUCAAUGCAAGUCUCUAUUCCUUGGAAUGAUGAAGGAAGCUCAAGGAUAUCUGAAUUUGAUCCAGAGUCAAUUUCAAUCUCUGGAACUUAUGAUCAUACUCCACAUAAAUGGAAGAGUUUGAGUGAUGUAUAUGCUCAAUGCAACAUGAGUAUCAUUGAACCUAAAGAUUUCAGUGAGGCAGUCAAAGAUGAAGCUUGGAAAAAGACUAUGAUAGAAGAGAUGUUGAUGAUUGAAAAGAAUUCCACUUGGGAAUUAGUUGACAAACCAAGUAGCAAACCGGUUGUGGGAGUGAAAUGGAUAUAUAAAACUAAGCUGAAUCUUAAUGGCUCCAUUCAAAAGCACAAGGCAAGGCUUGUAGCCAAGGGCUACACACAGAAACCAGGGAUUGAUUUCAAUGAAACCUUUGCUCAAACGGCAAGGUUAAAUACUAUUAGGACACUCAUUGCUCUAGCUGCACAGAGAGGUUGGAAACUAUGGCAAUUGGAUGUUAAAUAA